UCGAAUGGUAUUCGUCUCCGGAGCCAUUUCUCGUCGCCGGAUCUAAGCCAGUCAUUGACCAAUUUCAGCAAUCUCCCAUGGCGGAAUCAAGUUUCGAUUCCGUAGAUCGCGAUUAUGCUGAAAUUGUUGUUGUUCGUCAUGGAGAAACAUCUUGGAAUGCGGAGAGAAAGAUCCAGGGUCAUUUGGAUGUUGAGCUAAACGAUGCAGGAAGACAACAAGCAGAAAGAGUAGCUGAGAGGUUAUCAAAGGAGCCUAAGAUAUCUCAUGUCUACUCAUCUGACUUGAAGAGAGCCUUUGAGACUGCACAGAUAAUUGCAGCUAAAUGCGGCAAGCUUGAGGUACUUACUGAUCGUGAUUUGAGGGAAAGACAUUUAGGUGACAUGCAAGGUCUUGUGUAUCAUGAAGCUUCAAAAAUGCGCCCGGAAGCUUACAAGGCCUUCUCAUCUAACCGCACAGACGUUGAUAUCCCAGGUGGAGGAGAAAGUCUUGACAAACUCUAUGAUCGAUGUACAUCUGCAUUGCAGAGAAUCGGCGACAAACAUCAAGGUGAAAGAGUAGUAGUGGUGACACAUGGAGGUGUAAUUCGAUCUCUCUACGAAAGAGCUUGUCCAAGUGCAGGGAAAGUUGAAAAGAUUCUUAAUACAUCGGUUAAUGUGUUCCGUUUAUUCGACGGAGACAAAUGGACAAUCCAAGUUUGGGGCGAUGUGACUCAUUUGGACCAAACCGGUUUCUUACAAUCCGGUUUUGGUGGUGACAGAACCUCUGGUUAGAUUCUCAAUACUCUUCCCACUGAGGUUUUCUGUAAUUUAAAUUUAACCCCAUAACUUUGAGGUGAAUCCUAAGUUGGGUCCUGGUAGCCAGUAAUUGAGAGGAUUGAUUUGCUGUAAGUUACAAAUAUUUUUUCGUACAGUCAAAGGAUAGAUGGUCCACUAAUUAAUAAUUAAUCACAUUGAUUCUCA